AUGGAAAAACCAUCGCACCAGAUGUCGAACGGCGUACAAAAUGGCGUCGCAAUCAAAAUGCCUUCAGAGUUCCUCCAAUCGAACGGGUACCACCACCACAACCACCACCACCACCGCCACCACCAAGAGAAUGAGAAGCCCCUCCUCCCGGAAUACUGGAAGACAUUGAUAAGCUGCCUAUACCUGAACUUGGUGUCUUUCUCCAUGUGCUAUGGUGUCAUAGUGGCCCACCAGGAAAGGCCAGACAGACAUACCCACCCGCCCCUGCCAGAUCUCAUGGAUCACCUACCCUUCGGAGCUUGGGGGACACAGGGGACAGAAGCAUGCACCAUGAUUCUCAGCAUGACCUUUCUCCCUUUGGUCAUCGCUCAUAAACACAGAAUUGUUGUUUCCAUUCUGUUUUCUUACAGGACCAUUAUGAUAAGAAGAUUCUGCAUUAUCAUGGCAACUAUUUAUGCAAUGCGAAUAAUCACCGUCUUGUGUACGGCGUUGCCCGUUCUACCACCGCCAAGCGAGUGCUCUACAAUAGAAUUGGACACCCCUGCUAAAAGGCUAAAGAUCGCCCUCUUAGUUUGGAUGAAGUCGGGAUCCCGGUUAAGCGGUAUCAAGAUGUGCGGUGACUACAUGUUCAGUGGCCAUGUGACUUCUCUUACCGUUUUAAAUCUUUUUAUAAUAGAAUAUUCGCCAGGUAGAUUAUUUCCUAUACGAUUGUUGUCAACAGCUAUCAACAUUCUAGGCUCUGUAUUGAUGGUCAUAGGAAGGGGACAUUACACUGUCGAUGUCGUCAUCGCGAUCAUCCUCGUCUUCGUAGUCUUUCAUUAUUACCAUUCACAAGCAAGCAUUUACGUCCUCACGAAGAGCAGCGAGCAGCUUCGUUGGUUUCCAUUCUUUUAUUAUUUUGAACGUAACGUUUGCCGAAAGGUUCCGAACGAGUACGAGAUUCCCCGUAUCUUGGAUGCGCUUCGCAGUAUUAUAAGCCAAAUAACAGGCAAAAGGCAGCAGUGAUUUGAUAAUUCAUUUUUUUAAUGUACAAAUCAGUGCCUGGUGUUUCCAGCGAUGUAAGUCAAGGGAUACCAAUUAAAGGGGAAACUCACCAUGACGAUAAGUUGGUUUUAAUACAAAGAGAAAAAUGUAUAUAAAAAAUAAUGGUGAAUGUUUUGAUGAAAAUCCAUCAGUUUAAUAGGAGAGUUACGAUAAAAAAGUUUGUAAUGUGUGACGUCGUAUUCGAGCAGCUCCCUCAUACAUCAUCUACUAUGAAUUCCAAAUUGUUUAAUUGAACAUGAUUAAAAAAAUUUUUUCUGAAGGGAAGGGAUGUCAAAUGAUGUGUUUAGUGAUAUAUCCGCUGCAAAAAUGAAAUCACUCUCGCAUGACAUAUGGAGGAGCUGCUCGUUUGUGACGUCACAAAAAAUAUAAAUAUGAAUCGUAACUCGUGUCAUUUCUUAACAGAUUUUCAUCAAACAUUUAUGAUUUUUUUUUCUGACGUUGUUGAAAUUAUGGUCCAUGUUGAAACCAACUAAUCGUCGGGGUGUCUAGCCUCUGGCCGAACAUGACGUUUGUGGGGCUACGUUGAUUCAAUUUAGCUAACGCGGUUUGAUUGUCACGCAAUGUACCGAAUGAUAUCUUGUCAGAAAAAAAUAACCAUCAAUCUAAACUUGGCGAUUACUAGCAUAUAAUAUAACCUGUUUACUAUUUGAGUCUGCUGCUUUGCCUUCCUUAACAUGCAUGUCUUGCCACAGCUGUUUUUUCUUAAAAGAAAUCUAGCGAAUUUCUUUUAAAACUGUCUAAACCCCCAAAACCAAAUCGGAAAAAAGACGCGAGAUAGAAACAUAUAUAAAAGAAAAUACACCAAAGCAACAAUCGGUGUUGCGUUGCUGUACAUGUUCAUGUUUAUUCUUUUGAAAAAAACCUAUUUACCAUUCAAUUUCCCAAAGCUAUAUUUCCGUUGUUUCCAGUUUGACUCAAAAAAUUGUUAGUCGAUUGUAAUGCUCUAAAUUGGCAUGUCCUUUUAUUACUAUUGUUCAUUAUAAAGGCUGCAUUAUGUAGAAUUGUUUUGUAUUUACGGUUGCUGGUAGGUAAGUAUCCAAGUAUUUUUUUAACAUUGAGUACUAAAGGCCCGGUUCCACUGCACUUACGGAUGCAAAGGGGAUGUAAAACGGAAAAGAAUCUGGCCAUCCGUUGGAAAACGUUAUGUAUCCGUAUCUUUGCAUACGUGUUUCAUACACUCUAUAUCCAUCGAGCAUUCGUCCACUGUGACUUCAUUGUUCGCCCAUUUUGUCUAUUGUCUGGCGCGGAUGAAAACGGAUUGAGCCACCGCGAAAUUUUGCUAGUCCCCUGUAUCCGUUAUGAAUACGUUUUGUGUCCGUCGGCCCGUAGUAGGACCAGGCCUAAUAUGAAUAUGCAAUAAUCGCGAACCUUGAUCCAACAAGAGAAAUUUGGACACUACAGUGUACUACUCUUUAUACAGUCAUAUUGGUACUAUUUAUUAGUUACAUGUAUAUACAUGCCUUACGACAUCUCUAAGAUUAUGUACGGUUAAAUGUGCUUCAGUGCUGAAAGAAAUAAAUCGAGCUGAAAUAAUUUGAAUUUGUAGGUCACACUCUUCAAUCAUAUGGUUUCUUUCAUUCGAUGAAAUAAAUUCAAUUGGUUGGGUGAGCAAUACAUAUGUCUAUUAAGUGUGUAGAUUAAAGAAUCUUGCAUUCAUUUUCUUUUUAUAAAAUAUACGAUUAUGAUAUCUGUAUGUGAUGUAUAUAUAUAUAUAAAUGUAGAUUUCUAUUGGAUCAACUUAUAAGCUUUCGUAUUGUUGUAAUCAUCAUCAUAUUUAAAAUUUAAGUAUGGAUUACACACUAAAAAAAAUAAAAAAAUGAAUUAAAAUAUUGAUAAAGAUAAGCCAAGCAGCUGUUAACUCAAACACGUUUAGGAAACUGUUAUAUGCAGCUGCACAUUAUUAUUUUUGAAGAGUCAAGUUUGACUAGGAUAAUGUCACCUGGAGUCAAAUCUGUUUCCAGUCAAACAAUGAUCCAUUCCGAGUCACUUUGACUUUGAGUUAAUUGAGGGGUUUUAAGCAUCCCACACCUUUCAAAUUCAAAUAAAUUCGAAAUCUGGAGUCACUGUAACUCUUGGUAGGUUUGACUAAAGGCUGAAAGUAUUCAGAGUCAAAUUUGACUCCGCAGGAACAAGCGUGUGACUAUUUGCCAAGAAACUUUCAUUUGUUUAUAGUAAGAGUACUGUGCAUGGAUGACAUCCUGUUCUAUGAAAAUCAGAAUUGUGGAAGCUACAUUCACAAUCGCUUACUAAUACUUUUCAAGAGGCUGUAAAUUAAAAUGGAGCUAAAUGCGAAUAAAAUGUAAUAUGUAUCUUAUUCCGCUUAAAUACAAAAGUGUCUUGCUCGAUAGAUAACAUGUCUUUCUUACCUAGAAACUGAUUCAAAUAUUGGAAAAUAUUGAUGUGUGACUACCACUCCGAUUCUUUCACUACGCCUAUGACUUAUCUUUCAGCACCUUUCGUGCACCUAUUCUGUAAAAAUUUAAGCUUUUAUCUUUAUUAUGUAAUGUAACAAUUAAAUAUGAUACAUUUAAACUUAAAAAUAUUGGUGGAUAACAGUGUUUGGUCCUGGACAAAUUAUUUACCAAUUUAUCAUUCUUGCCAAAUUAUUUAACCUAUUAAGCUAUCUUUGUUCGUUAAGGAAUGAUGAGUGAAAAUAUUAUCGUUACAAAUUUUUAACCACGUAUAUACGCCUGGCAUUUCUUCGUCUAUGAGAUGGGCAUUUUAGGAAAUUGAUUGAAUAACUUGGUAUUAAUGAGUCUGCCUUACAUUAGAUAUUCUGUCAAAUAAUUUAAUAUAUUAAGUUAUCUUUGUUCAUUAAGGAACGAUGAGUGAAAAUAACAUGGUUACAAAUUUUAAACCACGUAUACGCCUCUCAAUUUUUUGUCUUAUAUGAUUGUAACUAUAGGAUAUUGAUCAACUAACUUUGAAUUAAAGGGUUUGACUUACAUUAUAUAUUCUGCCAAACUAUUUAAUCUAUUAACAUUAAACUAUGUUUAUUCAUAAGGAAUGAUGGGUG